AAAUAUUAAUAUGUUGUAAUAAUGGUAAAAUCGACAUGUAAAUAAAAAUAGAGUAGAUACGUAGCUAUUUCAAGAUGAAAGUGUGAUGUAGUUUAGGUUUUUCAAACUGGGAUGGAACCAUCUAACACCUAGACUCUGUAAAGAAUUCUACAAUAUCAAUAAAGUAGCUAGAACAAUGCGCUUUUUUGAAGAAUUUCGUUAAAAAAAGAAUUAUAAAGAAAAAAUGAAAAUUGUAUAAAAGUCAUAACAUUAAUUAAAGAUAUAAUAUUUUAUGACACGAACGAAAAGUUGUUUUCUCAACUAAACACUACAAGGUUGUGAGUAAAGUUUUAAAACACACUGUUUAUCAUUUUUUUUAUCUAUUUAUCUAUUUGUUUGUUUACUUAUGUAUUUAACCGAAUGACUUUUUAAUACCGAAUGAAUUAACCACUGUAGCUAACCCACUAUAUACAGUUAUCAAGUUUAUACCACAAGCAAAAAUUAAAAAGCAGCAUUUUUGUGGCCUCUACCUAUAUUCAAAGACAAAGUUUUCGAUGGGAAGUUAAGCUAUUUUCCAAUUCCUAUUUCCGACUUGCAGGGCACCCUUGUAGUACAGCAUUGUGCGGAAAGUGGUGAGUUUAAUCCCCAAUCGACUCAUUCCAGAGACUAUAAAGUACGAAUAGGCCCUCUCUGCUUAGCGUUUACCUUAAGAAUAGGGUUAAUAACUUGAGGAGGCUGACUAUUUCAGCGGCUGUUGCUUUCACUGCUUCUGCAGCUCAAAUACACUAGAACCCCCUUCACAGAAACCUCUUUGGUUUGGGUAAAUAAUAAUAAGUAUAUGCCAACCCUUUAAUUAACAAUUUUCCUCACCUAAAAUUUCAAACUAGGGAUUGUGGUGGGUUUUUAUUCAAAAUACAAGUUUUUCUUCUUUUCAGUGGAUGUUGUUUUUUAUAAACGUAUCAAAAAGAUCUUGCUUAAAAAUAUAACUAUUUUUAUUUACUGCAUUGUAUUUUCAAAUGAUAAUUCUUUGGUGCAACUGCAGAUCAGCCUUGAAAGUAGCACUCUGAACAACACAAAAACAAUCGUAAAUUGUUUAUAUAAAACCACCCGAUAAAACUAAGACAUUGUUAAAAUUGACUUAACUGCCAAAUAUUUAACUUAAAUAACAUUAAAUAAUCGUCUGCUAAAUAUUCUAGUCUUAAAGGUACCAGCAAGCUGAGAAAGUAUCAAAUCUCAAGAAAGAUUUAGUUUUGCCAUAGUGCACGAAACUGGCAAUUAAAAAUGUAAUCAUUCUGUUUCGAUGAUUAACAUUGUUACGUUAACCGUUUUAGCACGUUUUAUAUUUUGCAAUAUAUUCUCAUCUUUCUUUAUAAGUAGCUAAUGAUAUUAGAAACACCAGUAACGUUGUUAAAGAUAUGUUAAAAGACGGUAGUCUGGUUGUGUUUUUCUUUUUCUCUUAAAGAUUUUGUAAAAGCCUGACUGAUGAUAAUUCAUUUCAUCUGCUGUGAACAAAAAGUAUUGAGCAGUCUCUGUUUUCUAUGAAAGUUGUUAAAUAUAUUUAAGAAGAAAAAAGAAAAUCAGAAUUCAUGCUAGUUUCUUAAUCCAAUUGUGAAAAUGGACAACAUACUUUUUAUCAUCGAUGACGGCGCCAAUACUAAUGGAAAAGGAAUAUUUGGUAAACAAAGUAUGCUUUUUAGCCACGUUGAACCAAAUGAGACAUUUUAUAAUACAACUACAACAACAUUUAUGCCUCCCAUUAUGAUAGAUGGAUGUGAUAUUUCGAGGACCGGAACAACUGAGAAUAUAUCAUAUGCUAUUUUUAUGGUGCUGGUUUUGAUUGCAAGUAUCUUUGGAAAUUCACUGGUCAUAAUGGCGUUUGCGUUGUCUAAGCAACUACGAAAUCGUGUGACUGUAUAUUUCAUAGUCAGUUUAGCCUGCUCCGACAUGGCAUAUGCAAUCUUCCUAAUACCAUUCAACAUCUCCAUGAAGCUUUAUAUGAGAUUUUGUCAUGAUAUGCCAGCAUGUUAUCUCAUGGUUAUCAGUGAUUCAUUUUGCAACGUAGCAAGCAUUCUCAAUUUGUUCCUUAUUGCUGUGGACAGAUUCAUUGCUAUCAGAAUGCCAUUUCGAUACACUUCGAUGUUAUCAAAAAGUCGUGCAAAGAAAUUAAUUGCAGGAGUGUGGGUUUUUUCUGCAAUUUGGAGCAUAAGCGGAUUAUUUACAUGGCGCCAGGAUGAAACUAAUAAUACAUUCUUGAGCGUCCAUCUGUCGGCAUAUUGCUUGAAUAAAAAUUAUUAUUUCUACGCUGCAUCUUUCAUCGGUAUAUACCUGCUAUCAUUAGUAAUUAUGACUGUCACCUAUCUUAUUAUCCUGCAUGUAGCGCUUGUACAAAUUCGGGAGAUCGAGGCAACGCAUAUAGAUUUACAACGAAACGAACAUACCAUUCCAUCUCCAGAGUUGAUGCAACAUUUAAACGUACCAAAUACCGAAAAUGCUCGCUAUAAAAAAUCGCAAAAACGGAAACGCCGAAGAGAAUUAAAAGCGACGAAAUCUGUAGCGAUUGUGUACUUUGCUUUUCUUGUAUGUUGGUUACCAAGUUGUGUUGUUAACGUUAUUAUCAUGUUUAAUACUUCGUAUUUCCCUAAACUGAGACAAAAAAAUGAGACAUUAUUUUUGUUUUUAUACUAUUGCUUUAUUCAAAUUUUACCAAUUGUAAAUACAAUGGUGAACCCAAUUAUAUACAGCUUCGCAAAUAAACAAUUUCGGCAUGGCUUUAGAACAGUUUAUAACAAAUUCAUGCGAAAGAUAGACGUACCAACGGUAUCAUUUGAAUCCACUCGCCGCAACACUCGCGGAUCUAGUCUUGGAUCAUUUUCUCAACAAACUGGUAGUUCGCAAUGUUCGGACUCGUCCAGCAGUCGAAAGCAAAGUCGUGCUUCUCCGGUUUUGCUAAAGAAAACGAGUCUUGACCAAAAAAAUUUUAAAGGAACUUUUCUGAAUAACAAUAUUGAUCGUGGAACUAUAAAAAAUUCUUUGGCGAAUACAGUUAUUAUUUGGUCCCCUGAUUGACACUAGAUGCUUCUAAUUCCUUCUAAUUUGUCUACUGGCAAAGAGAUUUUAGGAAACAACUUUUAUACUUAGUAGUCUAUACAUGUAGAGUGGGCAAAUCAAGGAAGUUUAUCGAUCGCCAUAUCUUUGCAAGGUAACAAGAUUCGAGGUUCUUUUUUAACAGAAUUAAAUCAAUUCAAAA